CUAGCACCUGGCUGCCACCAUGAUGAUAGCCGGGCUGGUCUGGGUGUGCCUGGCACUGAUAGGGGUGAGGAGCUGCCACGCCCACAGUCUGUUCACCUGUGAACCCAUCAAGGUGCAUCGCUGCCUGGGGAUGCCCUACAACAUGACCUUCUUCCCCAACAUGAUGGAGCACUAUGACCAGGACAUAGCAACCAGCAGGAUGGAGCCCUUCAUGCCGCUGGUCAACCUGCGCUGCUCUCCAGACGUACAUCACUUCCUGUGUCAGGCCUUUAUCCCAGCAUGCACUGAUGACACCAAGGUGAUCCGGCCAUGUCGUGACCUGUGUGAAACAGUGAGGUCAGACUGCAGGAAGGACAUCAGCACCUUCGGCAUUACCUGGCCUCCGGAGCUGCACUGUGACAGAUUGGAGGAUUGCCUCUACUCUCCAGAUGGCUCAGCUCUGCCAUCAACCAGACUGACCACACCCAAGACCUCUCUGUCUGCCAAGAGGGACAUGGGCUUCUGGUGCCCCCUUCAGCUGAAGACCCGACCCGGCCAGGGAUCCACGUUCCUGGGUGCCGGGGACUGUGCUCCCCCUUGCUCCAACAUGUACUUCAAGCCCCAUGAGAUCGAGUUCGCCAAGACCUUCAUCGGGGUGUGCUCCAUCGUCUGCCUCUGCGCCACGCUCUUCACUUUUCUCACCUUCCUCAUCGACGUCAAACGCUUCCGCUACCCCGAACGGCCAAUCAUCUUCUAUGCCGUGUGCUACAGCUUCGUGUCGCUCAUCUACUUCAUUGGCUUCCUGCUUGGGAACAAUGCAUCCUGCAACAAGGCGGUGCACCUGGCUGCCAUGGACACGGUGGUGCUCGGCUCCCAGAGUAAAGGCUGUACGUUACUCUUCAUGCUGCUCUACUUCUUCUCCAUGGCCGGCAUCGUCUGGUGGGUCAUCCUCACCAUCACCUGGUUCCUGGCCGCCGGGCCCAAGUGGAGCUGUGAGGCCAUCGAGAAGAAGGCGGUGUGGUUCCACUCUGUCGCCUGGGGGAUCCCUGGAGCACUAACCGUCAUGCUACUGGCUCUCAACAAGGUGGAGGGAGAUAACAUCAGCGGCGUGUGCUUCGUGGGGCUCUAUGAUCUGGACGCGCUGCGGUACUUUGUGCUGGCGCCGAUGUGUAUCGGGGUGGUGGUGGGGGCUGUCCUGCUGCUGGCUGGGAUCGUGUCGCUCAAUAACGCGCGCCAGGUGAUCCAGCACGAUGAGAGGAACCAGGAGAAGCUGAAGAAGUUUAUGAUCCGUAUCGGGGUGUUCAGUGGUCUGUACCUGGUGCCCCUGGUCACUCUGCAGGGGUGUUACAUCUAUGAACAGAGCCAGCGCUCCACUUGGGAAAAAACCUGGAUCAAUGACCGCUGCCAGGAGUACAGCAUUCCCUGCUCACACAAGACUACAGAGUCUGAUCGUCCGGACCUGUCCCUAUUCCUGAUUAAAUACCUGAUGACCCUGGUGGUUGGGAUCUCAGCUGUGUUCUGGGUCAGCAGCAAGAAGACCUGCUCAGAAUGGGCCUUCUUCUUCAACAGGACCAGGAAGAAAGACCCCAUUAGUGAGAGCCGCAGAGUUCUUCAGGAGUCCUGUGAGUUCUUCCUCAAACACAACAGCCGUGUCCAGCACAAGAAGAACCACUAUAACCCCGGCUCCCACAAACUUAAGGUAAUCUCCAAGUCCAUGGGCACCAGCACCGGUGCCUCAGCCACCGGCAACCACGGCACCUCAGCAGUGGGCAACCAUGAGGCCGUCCGGGGGCCAGGCUUCUCUCUCUGA